CCUUCCCCACCUGAAGGAGAUUAGAAAACAGGAGACCCAAGGGCUCCCUCUUAAGUUUCCCUUGGAAGGAUUACAAUAAGAAGAAGAGGGGAGAAUGGGCCUUCUCGAUCAGCUGUGGGACGAUACGAUGGCCGGUCCCCGGCCGGACUCCGGCCUCGGCAAGCUCCGCAAGUACUCCUCUUUCUCCCCUUCCUCCUCCGCUUCCGCCGCCGCCGCCGCCGCCGCCGCGGCACCCGGCGGCCUCCAGGUCACCCGGAGCAUCACCAUCCUCCGCACCGCCUCCUCCGGCGCCUCGUCCCCCCGCCAGCGCCCUCGACUCCGGCUCCUCCGCCCCUCCUCGCCGGCCAGCGUCCCCACUACGGGGCCGAGAGGAGAAUGGAGGAGGCUGAGGAAGAAGCCAACGCCAACGGCGGAGGGUAUGGAGACGGCGGAGCCACGGAACCCGACCGUUUAUGACUGGGUGGUGAUAAGUUCCCUGGAUAGAUGAGACUGAGUUAAACAGGAUGAGAAGGAUGACAGUUCACUUUAGCGUGGUGGAGACUGUGUUGUUUAUAAAUCUGUAUAUAAAAUGCAGAUUUUGUUAGAAAUUCUAGUGGUAAUAAAAGUGUGAGGGAGCGUAGGAAAAACACUUGGAGGCCAGCAAGGACAGCUUGGGUGGAGUGAUGGAGAGAAACCUCGGUAGGUUUAAGUGAUUUUGUAUAGCAGGAGUGUUCUGUCUUCCCCCCUCCAAUGCCUGUUUGGAGUUUUGCUUUGUAAAUUGAAUGAUGGCUCUUGGCUAAACGCAAUGUAUGAAACCAGAUUUUUGGUGCAUGUCUGAUCUGACCAUUAUUUCCAU